AUGCCCCCUUCGCAGCUCGCCCUCGCGGCCUCCUCGACCGCCUGCGCUGUCGCCGGUGCGCUGACGACUCCACACGCAUACACCUUGGUCGCCAGCUGUCGCAAUAAACCCUACAAUUUGCUUGCGUCGGACAGCGAUGAUGAAACAAUCACAACCGGGAAAUUACCUCGAUCACUGUGGCAGCGCGUCUGCCUUGUGCUGGUAGGCGCUGUAGGCACGGCCGCCGCCUUCUGGUCAUGGAUGAGCACGGAUGCCUCAACGACAGCUAAAAUCCUUCAAUUUGUGGCAUGGGCUGCGAUUCUAUUUCAAGAAAUCGUCAUCGCAACCCGCCAAAAUCCCGCAGAUAGGUAUAGCCUAGGGUGGUACAGCGCCGUGCCUGCCUUGGCUACUGGCCUUUCAAUUGUCGUACCCGAUCUUCUAGCCUUGCACAGCGAUGAGCGCAUUGCUGCCCUGGAUGCUCAGGAUGCCCUGUCCAUCGUUCAAUUGGUGGCCGCGGUUAUUUUGCUGGCUGUCGACCUAUCCCUUCCCCGAGGGCCGGUUGUGUACCGUGACGGCAGGCUGGUCGAUCAAAAAGAUUCUGUCUCGUUUCUUAACCGUUACACAUUCGCUUGGGCAAUGAGGACCCUGUCCCUCGCUGCGAAUAAUGGCCGACUUAACCCGGAAGACCUGCCGCUCGUUGCCCAGGAGGUUCGUGCUCAGACUCUCUCUGAGAACUUCUUUGCCGGUGACUCUACGUCGGUUCAAUGGAAGAGAUGGUUCCAGCUUUACUGGCGGAAUGCGGUCGCUCAAAUUACAAUCCAACUGUUCAGUGGUGCAGUGCGCUUCCUGCCGAACUUUCUGCUUUUGAUCAUUCUCCGGCUCUUCGAGGAGCGUGAUGCCGGGGUCGACAACCAGCUGCAGUUGUGGCUGGCUGCAUUGGCCCUUGGGCUGUCGUUAGUUGGAACGUCCUGGUUAGAAUCACUCAGGAACUUCAUUGCCGAUCUGAAGAUUUCGCUGCCAGUCAACGAACAGCUGUUUGCUAUAAUCACGAAGAAGGCAAUGGGCCUGAAAGACAUCGUGGCCCCUGCCCAAGAUACCGAUACAGAUGAGGAUGAGGAAGAUGAUGAGACUGAUGAAGCUCCUCGAACAAAGCACUCGAUUUUGAACUUGCUUGGAGUCGAUGUGGAAAAUAUAUCCGACUUUAUUCAGUACAGCCACCUUCUGCUUGACUCUGUUGUCGAGCUUGUUCUGACCACUAUCUUCCUGGUAUACCUCAUGGGAUGGAAGUCCACAGUGGCUGCCUGCAUAAUCCCCUUUUCACUGACUGCAGUCUAUUUCACGAUCACGAAGAAAUACAGCGAAAAGGAACAAGCGCUGAUGGAUCGCCGCGACGAGAAAUCAGCCUCCCUAACUGAAAUGGUCCGCGGCAUACGGCAGAUCAAGUUCAGCGCCCUCGAGUCUGAAUGGUACCAGAAAGUGCAAACCCUGCGUGGCAAGGAACUGCAAGACCAGAAGGCUGUGUUCAUCUUCCACGUCUAUCUUACCGCCAUCUGGACCAUCGGGCCUGUUUGCAUGAGCUUUCUAUCCAUCACAUCAUAUAUUUACUUCAAUGGAGGCAUCUCGCCGUCUACGGCGUUCACUGCGCUGUCGCUGUUUGAGAACUUGCAGAACGUUCUGAGCAUUCUCCCCGAGGUCGCUACUGAUCUUUUAGACGCGAGGGUCAGUUUGCGACGGAUUGCUCGUUUCCUCGGGCUUGAAGACCACGCUGAUGACCGGACACCUGGGCAUGAAAUAACUUUUAGCAAUGCGACAAUUACGUGGCCAACGCGCUCUGAGGAUGAAAAUGUAGAUCAGUUCCAGCUGAAGGACCUCAACCUCAAUUUCCCUUCCCAUGCACUCAGCGUCAUCGCCGGCCGCAGUGGUGCGGGAAAGUCGCUUCUGCUGCACGCUCUGAUCGGCGAAGCAGACGUCGUCAAAGGAGAUGUGGUUGUCCCCCAGGGCCAGCCUACUUCAGCUCCUCAAGGCCCGCAUGACUGGUUAGUCGAUGGCGUGGUGGCAUAUGUUUCGCAAGAUCCUUGGAUUGAGAACGCGACUAUCCGCGAAUCAAUUCUGUUCGGCCACCCCUGGAACAAAGCUCGAUACGACGAAGUCAUCGAAGCGUGUGCACUCCCGCCAGACCUGAAGAUAUUCCCCCAAGGCGACAUGACGGACAUCGGUGCCAAUGGAAUCAACCUCAGCGGUGGCCAGAAGUGGCGUCUUGCAUUGGCACGGGCCCUCUACAGCCGAGCCAGUAUUCUCGUGCUGGACGAUAUUUUUAGUGCCGUUGAUUCCCAUGUUGGGCGCCACCUAUACGAGCAGGCGCUGACCGGCAGCCUGUCCGAGGGGAGAACAAGGAUUUUGGCAACCCACCACGUGAAGCUGUGUGUCGAUAGUGCUGCGUACUUGGUGAAGCUGGAGAAUGGAAGCCCUGCUCCGCGAUACCUGGACGUCUCUGGUGACGAGUCUGCUACGACGGUAGACAGCUCCGAGACAUCUGAUAGCAGGCCCAAUUCACCGAAGCCGAGCAUCAAAUCGAGCGGUCGCCGGGAGUCUGUUUCGCAACCUAACAAGUUCUAUGAAGAGGAAAAGCGCGAGACUGGGGUUGUCAAUGCCAAGGUGUACAAGGCAUAUGUAAACGCCUCUGGAGGCUACUUACGCUGGGUCAUGAUUCUGGUUGUCCUAGUCCUCAUUCUCUUGCUUAACCUGGCAGUUACAUAUUGUGUUACGUUAUGGACACGGUCGUACGAAAAGUCCACCGACUCUUUGCUUGUGCAGCCUGGCAGUGGCAACGGCAUUCAAGUCUCCCAGCGAACGAAGCUUGACAAGCGUCUUGUAUACUAUGGCUCAAUCUAUCUUGGGAUUUCGGCCUGUGCAUGGGUUAUUGAAAUCGCCCGCAUCGCGAUAAUCCUACACGGCUCACUUAAAGCAUCCAAGGCAGUCUUCGAACAAUUCACCGCAGUCUUUUUACGUGCUCCGCUCCGCUUCCUGGAUACAACCCCCGUCGGCCAGAUCCUCAACAGAUUCACCUCCGAUUUUGGAACUCUUGACUCUGAUCUGGCUCUCGACCUGUCUACUACCAUCCAUGACAUGGUUUCCAUUCUUGGCGUCUUGGUGGCGGCUCUACUAACGGCCCCUCCCAUCGUCGGACUCGGCGUUCUUUGCCUCGCGGCUUCGUGGGGUGUUGGCUACUUUUACGUGACCGGUGCUCGAGAGGCGAAGAGACUGGAAAGUACUGCAAGGUCACCGAUAUUUGAGCUUGUCGGGUCCCUCCUGACUGGGUUGCCCACUAUUCGGGCCUUCGGACGCGAAGAGGCAUACCUGAAGCGGAUGUACGAUCUCAUCGAUGUGCAUUGCCAGGCACUCUGGCAUCGACGGCUGUUUACCUGCUGGAUGGAGUUUUGGCUGAGUUUAGUAGGCGCACUGUUCGUCGCCUCCGUAACAAUGACGUUCGUCGGUAUCCGCACGCUCGAUGCGCCCCUGGCUGGAUUCGCACUCAGCUUUUCACUCGACAUGUCGAGACAGAUCUCCUGGCUCUUGUCGCAGUACGCUGACCUCGAGGUCAACUUCAACGCCGCCGAACGUAUCAUCGAGUAUACGGAACUCGAACAGGAGCCUCAAACUGGUGUGGAUGUCCCCGCCGCCUGGCCGACGAAGGGCGAGGUUGAAUUGACUGACCUCACGGUCGCCUAUGCGCCCUCUCUCCCACCUGUGCUGCGCAAUCUCAACUUCUGUAUUCGGCAAGGCGAGCGCGUUGGCGUUGUCGGACGAACGGGUGCUGGGAAGUCCUCACUUGCCAUGACACUUCUGCGAUGUCUCGAUAUCCGCUCGGGUUCAAUUCACAUCGACGGGAUCGAUAUUGGAACUAUUAAACUCCACGACCUGCGCUCGCGUGUUGGCCUUAUUUCGCAAGACCCCGUUGUAUUUGCAGGGACAGUUCGCGAAGUCCUGGAUCCGUUCAAUCAGCAUGGUGAUGCCGAACUACGCGAUGCGUUGGAGAAAGUAGCCCUCUCUACGCCAAAUCAGGCCGCUUCUAUUUCCAACUCUGACUCUCCUGAAAUACAACCCUCGACGCCCUCGCAUAUCCCGCUCUCGUUUUCAAUUGCCGAGGGUGGUAAGAACCUUUCCCAAGGCCAGCGACAGCUCCUCUGCCUUGCGCGGGCUCUUGUCUCCCGUCCGAAAAUCCUUGUCAUGGAUGAGGCGACGGCAAGCAUUGAUAUGGAAUCUGAUAUCCUGAUCCAGCGCGCGCUGAGGGAGGAGAUAUCGGGGUGUACGCUGAUUGUUAUUGCGCACCGGCUGUCGACGAUUGCGGACUUUGAUCGUAUUGUUGUGCUUGAGAAGGGCGAGGUGGUUGAGAUGGAUAAACCCAGCAAGUUAAUGGGUAUUGCGGGUGGUGUUUUUAGAGGGCUUGUUGAGGGGAGUGGUGAGAGAGAUGCUAUAGAGGGGAUGAUAUUUGGAGGGUGA